AUGGCGCAAGUUGGCUUGAAGCGGCAGCUUGCUCUCGCUCUCUUGGCAGCAGCGAUUUUCACUUUCAGCAAGAGGCUCCCAGCAGCAAACGUGCAGCCCCCUCGCUUUGCCUUACGAGUUUGUGAGAAGUGCGUUAGCCGCUCAGCUGGAAACGGCUACAAUCCGAAGGGAGUGCUCCAACAGACAGCCAAGAUGGCAGCAGAGGCAGGCUGGCCGGCGCCAAACGUUGAAUGGGGCAAAUGUACUGGUGGAUGUGACUAUGGUCCAACUGUGCGGCUGGUCAAGGGAGAUAUUGCGAUUCCUGUGGCAGUUGAGGGCAUGACAGAAGAUGAAGUCAGUUUCAAGGCUUUCCUCGCUGUCCAGAGUGAAAUGGAGGCAGAGCGUGCCUUUGGCCUUGCCAGCAGGCACAUAGCCGAGUCUUCUGCAGAUGAACCACAGCCAGACAUUGAGAUUCCAGCAUGA